GGUGUGGGGACCACUGGCUGCAGAGGUGGCUCCAUUUCUGCUGGGCGAGGAGAAGAGGCGGCCGUGGGCCCAGCUCCUCCCUGGCUCCCGCGGGAGCUGAUUGGCGCGGGCAUGGCUGCCUGCCCCGGGCUGCCUGCAUUUGAGCCACUUCCAGAAGCUGACAAACCAGACUGGUUAGAGCCAGGCUCGGCCCCAGCCCACGGCAGGCAGCAGCUGCCUGCACGGGUGCCUGCCACGCCUGCACCCCUUGCCGGCACAGCAGGCAGUGCCUGGCAGUGCCCUGCUCCUUGUGCUCUCCUCCGGACCGUGGCGGGUCAGUCCUACGUUGCUGCUGGGGAGGAGGAAGAGGAGGAGGAGGAGGAGGAAGAGGAAGAAGUGGCUGUUGGAUGCUCACGGCGAUGCCCCUCUUGGGGUGGCCUAUCGGUGAGGGUGAUGGGGAUGUGCCCCGCUUUGGGGGCUCCUGACCCAUUGGCCUGGGAGGGGGUCCCAAACUGUGCCGGAGGGAUGACGGGACUCUGUGUGGACACCUUCUGGCAAACGUGCUGAAGGCCACCUCCUGCCCUGGAGCAGCACCCACGUCCUGCACCCAGCCCCGAGGGGACUCAGGGGGUGGUGGGUGAGGAGGGCGGCUGUGGAGCAGCCACCCCCAUGGAGCCAGCAGCGGGCGAGGAGGCAGAGCCUGGCCCCCAGCCGGUGCAGGCAGCCGGCGGGGAGGGCUGUGCCAGGCAGCAGGGCGAGAGCGAGACUGUGGAGUCGGGGGGCCCCAGGGAGCCGCCCCGGCUCUGCGGAGAGGCGGCCGCCACUGCCUGGGGCUGCUGGAACCCGCCGCCGGCGGAGGACACAACUGAGCCACUCCUGCCGGGGCACGACGAGCUGCCUGCCCAUGGUGCCUCCCUGCCUGCGGGGCAGGACCCUCCCGCUGCCGCUGCCGCCAGCCCCAUCUUGCCCUGUGGAGAGAGCCCAGUGCCGCAGAGGGGGUCGUCCAGCCUGGAAAGUGCCUCCAGCUCCAUCCUCAGCCUCUCUGGUGAGGAAGAGGAGAUGUCAAGUGAUGAGGUGGCGGCGGCAGCGGCAGAGCCAUGCCACGUGCCGGCAGGCAGCGAGGACGAGUGCCCCAUCUGCACGGAGCCUUACGACGACCAGCGGCACAAACCGGCCCUGCUCAACUGCAACCAUGUACUGUGCCGCGCCUGCCUGCGCGCCAUCAUGGACACAGCCGCCAGCGCCGAGUUCGGCCGCGUGCGCUGCCCCAUCUGCCGCCAGAAGACGCCCAUGCUGGAGUGGGAGAUCUGCAAACUGCAAGAGGAGCUGCUCCUGCUGCAUGCCCAGCCUGGCUCCCCCAGCGCCCUGGCUACCCCCCGGCCCCCCGCCCUGCCGCCCCGGCGUCCGGGCCUCGUCGGCGCCCUCGAGCAUCGCUUCCAGGUGCGCUUCCACACCAGCCGCAUGUUCGGGUGCCUGCCCUGCGUCCGCUACCCACCCUGCCUCAUCCGCAGGCUGGGGCAGCUGGAGCAUCGCUGCCGCUGCUGCUACCUCCUGGUGCUGGCGCUGCUGCUGGCAGCUGAGAUGCUCAGUCUGCUCCUUAUCUUCCUUCCCAUCGUCCUGAUGGUGCUGCUCUUCCUCAUCCUCGAUAAAUAGCGCUGGGUUUGUGCCUCCAGGCUGGGCUAUGCAUGGGGAGAGGAGCCCUGCUCCCACUUUGCCCCUGGGGCUGAUGCUGGGUCGUGAUGCCAGCCUGGGAGCAAGCCUGUGAACCCAGGUGCCCGGGAUACCCUGGGGCUGCCAGUGAGCCCAGAGCGGUUGAGGCAGCAGAGGAGCUGGAGUGGGCAGCCGAGGGACGUGACCCUGGAGCUGGGCAUCGCCUGCCUCCCACUGGGCACCAGGUGACACAUGACUGCAGCAGCGGAGGGGCAGAUGGAGUGGGAACCCUUCCUGCACCGGGGACACAUCCCUGGCACGGGGCCGGGAACUGGAGGGUCUCUGCGGGCAGAGCAGGGCUGUGCUGUGGGCUGCGCUGCCCACGCCUGGGACAGAUGGACGGGGGUUAACCAGCAUGGACUGAAAAUACAACUUAAAAUAGUACCACGGCCAUGUCCAGCUGAGUUCAGUGCUUGGUCUGGGCUGAGCAAGUCCCCCUGGGCCCAGCGGUGACACCAAGAGGGGACAGGGACAGCCGGUGGUCCCCAGCCACCCUGCAAGAGGGUGCCUACCCCCACCGCGGCACCUCGCAGCCCCAGCCGAGCGGUGCCAGCCCGUGCUCAUGCCUUGCCCUGCAUGGAGAUAAGAGAGCAAACAUGGCUCUGUCUGCCAGAGCUCCAGCUGGGCACCAUAGGUGGAGGAGCCCGCAGUGA